AUGGCAGCCCCUGUCCUUGUGCUCCUGGUGCUGGCACUGCCCUUGGGGGCCUGGCCAGGUCUGGGGCUGCACAGGAGGCCAUGUGUCCAAUGUUGACUCCUCUCCUGGCCCCCAGCCACCUACCCUGGCCUGUAUGCCCUAAGGAGAGGGGCUGACGAGUGGGGGCAGCUGCCCCAUGUGUGGCCCACCAUCCACAUCACCAUCCUCAAAGGUGAGAAAGGUGAGCUCAGUACCAGAGGCUGCUCUGAGCUGAGUGGGGAGGAGGGCCCCCUGGAUGUCUGGGGCCUCCGGGGCUGAAAGGGCCAGAAGGUGCAGGCAGGGCCACCGGGCAGCCCAUGCCAGCGUGCCUACACAGCCUUCUCGGUGGGCUGCUGAGGGAGGCUACACAGUGCCAAUGGCAUGCAGGUCAUGCCCUUCGACAUGGAGCUAGUGAACCUGGACAAUGCCUUCAACCUGUCUGCUGGCCGCUUCCUAUGCACCAAGCCGGGCAUUUACUUCUUGAGCCUCACCGUGCGCACCUGGAACCACAAGGAGACCUAACCUAUACAUAAGGGAACCCGGCAGCCUGUGGCUGUGCUGUAUGCGCAGCCCAGUGAUCGCAGCCUCAUGCAGGGCCAGAGCCUGCUGCUGCCGCUGGCCACCUCUGACGCCAUCUGGGUUUGUCUGUUCCAGCAUGACCACGACAGUACCAUCUACGGAGAACCCGAGGACUUCUACAUCACCUUCCUCAGCCAACUGGUCAAGCCAGACACUGAGCUCUAG